AUGACAGAUUGCAACCCGGUUUCAACCCCUAUGGAACCCGGUUCAAAACUCUCAAAGUAUGAUGGUGGAGAUCGAGUUGACGCAAGCAACUACCGAAGUUUGGUAGGAUGUCUUCGUUAUCUGACAUGCACAAGACCGGAUCUCUCACUGAGUGUUGGGAUUGUAAGUCGGUUCAUGGAGGAGCCAAGUUAUUCACACUGGAAGGCGGCAAAAAGAAUCUUGAGGUAUAUACAAGGGACAGCUUCAUUGGGACUUCACUACUCGAGGUCCGAAAAUUAUAAGUUAAUUGGGUACACUGAUAGUGACUGGUGUGGAGAUGUAGACGAUCGGAAAAGUACGUCGGGAUAUGUAUUCUUCAUGGGCAACACGGCAUUCACUUGGAUCUCGAAGAAACAACCCAUUGUGACUUUGUUGACCUGUGAAGCUGAAUAUGUAGCUGCGUCUUGGUGUGUUUGUCACGCAGUAUGGCUCAAGAACUUACUAAGCAAGCUGGAGGAGAAACAAGUCGGCCCAACCGAGAUCCAUAUUGAUAACAAGUCGGCUAUAGAGUUAGCCAAGAACCCGGUGAAUCAUGAAAGAAGCAAGCAUAUUGACGUUCAUUUUCACUUCAUACGGGAUCAAGUAAAGGAAGGAAAUGUGGAGUUAUUACAUGUGGCAAGUCAAGACCAAGUCGGAGAUAUUUUCACAAAACCACUGCCGACGUUACUACUGGAAAACUGCAAAAGAAUGAUUGGCAUGAAAGAUGGCAGAAGCAUUUAA